GUCCGUCUGUUGGACAGGCGGGCGAAGGAGCCGCCCCUUCCCAGCAGGCGGGCUCUGCGGGGCAGGGAGGGGAGAGGCUGAGAUGGGACUCUGGCCGGCCCCGCACACCGCCGAGCGCCCGCGCCAUGGCUCGCAACUUCGAGCUCCUCUUUGACUCCCUGGGACACUUCGGCAGAUACCAGGCAUGGGUUUAUUUUGCAUCUGUUUUUCAAUCUAUUUCUUGUGGCAUCCACUACUUGGCUUCUGUCUUCUUGGCUGUUACACCAAAGUUCAUAUGCAGUGUCCCUGGAAAUGUGAGUAGUGUUCUGAUUUAUAAUUCAUCUAGUUCAAGAAUAGAGGAUGCCUGGGCACUCUGGACAUCAGCACAACACUACAUCUUGGUGCAGCUGGAAAAUGGAGAUGUUUGGGAACUUAAUCAGUGCAGCAGGUCCAAACGAGAGGACACUUCAAAUUUUACUUACGAAUACAGUGGUAACAAGACGGAUGUUCAAUGCACUGAUGGAUUCAUCUAUGACCAGACCAAAUGGCAGAGCACCAUCGUGACAGAGUGGGAUUUAGUCUGUCAGCGGGAAUGGCUUGCAAAACUCACACAACCCACAUUCAUGUUGGGAGUCCUUUUUGGAGCUGUGAUCUUUGGAGAAAUUGCUGACAGGAUGGGGAGACGGCCCAUCAUGUGGUUCACCAGCACUGGCCAGUUUAUAUUUGGCAUUGCAGUGGCGUUCACAUUUGACUACACAAGCUUUGUGAUUGUCCGUUUCCUGCUUGCAAUGGUUUCAAGUGGCUAUCUGGUUGUAGUGUUUGUUUAUGUGACUGAAUAUAUUGGCAUAAAGGCUCGCACGUGGGCAUCCAUGCACGUCCAUGCGUUUUUUGCACUGGGGAUUAUGGUUGUGGCUCUGGUAGGCUACUUGGCCCCAACCUGGUGGGUCUACCAGAUAUGCCUUUCCGUAACAACUCUCCCCUUUGUCUUGUGCUGCUGGAUGCUCCCAGAGACACCCUUCUGGCUGCUCACAGAGGGAAGAUACGAAGAAGCACAAAAAGUAAUUAAUGUAAUGGCAAGAUGGAAUAAAGUAAGCACUCCUUGUAAAAUUUCUGAACUGUGUUCCGUCCAAGAUGAUCUAGUCAGUAGCAGAACGGGUGAUAAUGACAUUUCUCCCGUGAAGAAGCACAACAUCUUAGAUCUGUUUCAUAACUGGCACAUUGCAAGAAGGACCAUUACAGUCUGGCUGAUUUGGUUCACUGGGAGUUUAGGAUAUUAUGUGUUCUCCCUCAGUUCCGUGAACCUUGGAGGCAAUGAAUAUUUAAAUCUAUUUCUCAUAGGUGCUGUGGAGCUUCCUGCCUAUGUCCUCGCUUGCAUAGGAAUGGACAAACUGGGACGAAGGAACACCUUGAUCCCAUUCCUCAUCUCGAGUGCAGUGAUCUGCGCUCUAGUAAUGGUGAUACCUCAGGAUUACAGUGUUCUAGUUAUUGCAGCAAAUAUGGCUGGAAAGUUUGCAAUAGGUGUUGCAUUCGGCCUUAUCUACCUGUAUACGGCAGAGCUAUAUCCAACAGUUGCACGGACCCUUGCAGUGGGCAGUGGGAGCAUGAUGUGCCGGGUAGGGAGCGUGGUAGCCCCUUUCUGUGUUUAUCUGUCAAGUGUUUGGAUCUUUAUGCCACAGCUAAUUGUAGGAGUCAUGGCCUUUCUGAGUGGAGUGCUAACCCUGAUGCUACCAGAAACACUUGGGAAACCAUUGACAAAUACGUGGGCAGAACUCAUUGAGCAUGUGGAAAAAGACAGUGGCUCAGAAAAGCAUAUCCCAGCAUCUCAGGAUGGUGCAGCACGGGAGAAGAUUGAGAUGCUGAACCAAGAGGCACACGGCACUGCUGGAUAAGAUUUUUUAAAAAGCUAUUUAUGUGCUGUAUUGUGCUCCUUCGUUUGCAAUAUCCACUAGUUAGUACACGUUCCUUGUAAUCUGUACACUCUCUCAUCAUGGAGACAAGAAUUAGAGCUUGUAGAACAUAUUUUGAAGCUGUUCUGAAGCACCUUGUCAACAUAUGAAGUGAGUAAUGUUAAUUCAAAGAAAUAUGUUUUUCUGAUACUGAUUUUAAAAGGCCACCUAUAUUUUCUUUCUCAAAUUUCCUGCUGCAUUCAUUGUCACUUCAAAAUCCCCUGUCAAUAACGUUUGAAUUGCCAAAUGCAAGCACAAAAAACAUGAAUUGGUAUUGUCACAUUCUCGGACAUUUAGACAAUGUUUACACAGGAGGAAAACUCUCAAAUAAUUGUAGUGAUUUCUUAAUAAAUGGAACAUGCCAAUCUA